AUGGAUUACUCGCUUCCCUUUUCUGACCUGAACCAGAUGAUGAAGCCUCGCCUCCCCAGCAGUGAGACCGUCUACUACUCUCUGAGCCGGCUCCAGGGUCGGCACCUCAGCUCUCCAAGGAGCCCCGCCAGCAGAGCCACGGUCCUGCCAGCAGAACCGGAGCCGCCGGUCGGCCAGGCCGAGACCCCGGAGCCGCAGAUGGCGGCACCCGAUGAGCCGCCACAGCAGGGCUCGCUGCUCUACCACGAGGUGGACUGCUCUGACCUGGGCUCGGCCACCGGCGUCUUCUGUGGCGGGCGCCUGGCCGGAGACGGGGACAGCAGCUCCUGCCAGUCCGAGGGCAAAGACAGCGCCUGCGAGGUGGCCUCAGAGGGCACCGGCGAGCCGCCCGAGUCCGUGCUCCUGCCCGAUGAAGAGGCCGGCUCGCCCUUCCAGAGGAGCUACGAGGACCGCAGCCUCCCGGACCUGAUCAACAGUGGCCGACCCCUGGGCCGGCGCCGGACCCUCGGACACGUCUCCGACACGCUCAAGGAGGUUCGCAGAGAAGUGGAGCUGUCUCGCCGGCGCAGCAUGAAGCUCAAGGCCCAGGUGGACAAGCUGCAGGAGCGGAGGGAAGGAACGGGAUGGAGCCAGCACAGAGAAGCGGUGACCGCGGAGGUGCUGUCCGUCCUGAGGCUGCUGCACCCGCUGACCCAGGUGGAGUUCAGCGCCCCGGAGCAGGCGGAGACCCAGCUGGACACGGCGCUGGUCCAGCUGAAGAUCGUCGCUCGCCAGCUGGCGGUGGGCCACACCCAGCAGGGGUCUCAGUGUGGGAGGAAAUCAGAGGAUGCUGAGGUUCUGGAGCAGGCGCUGCGGGACAGAGACGAGGCCAUAGAGAAGAAGCAGGCCAUGGAGGCCGAGCUGCUGAGGAGCAAGACUGAGCUGAUGAUGCUCAACAACCAGCUGCUGGAGGCGGCGCAGAAGCGUCUGGAGCUGUCGCUGGAGCUGGAGGCCUGGAAGGAGGACGUCCAGGUCAUCAUCCAGCAGCAGCUCCAGAGUCAGCAACAGGCCGAGCAGGUCCAGAAGAAGCCGUCCCGCAUGGGCCUCCUGCGCAGGACCAACAAGGCUCCCAUGCAGCGGCCCAGCAACUUCCCGGUGCCGGCGCAGACCCCGCCCCCUGCCAGCCCCGCCCAGAUCUACGUGCCCAAAGCCGCCGGGUCUCCCGCCCCGGUGCACCGCUCGCCCGCUACUGGCGGCACGCUGCCGCGCAACUGGAUGACUAAGCUGAAGCGGAACAAGAACAGCCGGUCGGAACCGGAGUCGCCGAGCGCCAAGGACGAGGACGGCUUCCACGUGGUGUCCCUGGACUGAGGGCGCUGAUGGUGGUCUGGACUGGUCUGGGCCGGCGGGCCUCAGCUUCUGAUCUAUUUAAGUAUUUAACGUGUACUCAGUGGUGUUCUACAGUCUCUGGCCUCAGUCAUUGUACAGCUGCUUUGUAAAUAAAGUUUUCUACGUUACACAGAGUUCUGCUGAGUCAUGCUGUGGCUGCUAGCGUGUAGCGAACAUGGCCGUUAGCGUCUGUGGUCAGCUGUCGUGGUGAGGCGGUGAGAGAUGGAGCGGCCAGCAGGGGGCGCUGCAGAGUCUCCCAGCAGGAGGCGUCAGGAAGCAGACGGGAGCAUCGCUGCUCUAGUGUGGUCCACAGCCGGUCCCAACAUUAUGACCGCAGGGAGGAAUUAGCUGCAGACGCGCCGGCCGAACGGAGGCCCCGCCCAUCAGAGCUGUGACCGGGUUCGUGGCUGGUUCUGGAGCGAUGGACUGUGAGGCUGCAGCUGGUCGGCUGUUAUGUAAGUGUUCUGAGAACAGAAUGUGAAUCGGCAGAACCAAACCUUCCAGCUGUCAGAUGAGCGAGAUACUCACCUGAAACCGGUCCAGACCAGUCUCUGCUUCAAACACCUCAGAUGACAGUUUGGCGCUGGUCCAGCCGGCUUCAAAUGAACCAACAGUUUCUGAGGUUUAACCGCGGAAUGAAACCUGUUGUUUCUCUCAGAGUGGCUCCGUGUUCCAUCCUGUCCAGUGGUCCUCGUGACCUCCGACCCCUU